AUUCUUGCUAUUCAUUACCACCCAGGGCGCGCUCGGCGUGCUUACGCCAAGCAAGACAUGAGCCAAAGAAGGGAGUGAGCCGACCAGAUUGAAUCAACCUCUGAAUGAUUGAGAGAGCGAGAGAGAGAGAGGGAGGAGGCAGAGGGAGCAAACAGAGAGCACCAAGUAACAGUGCCCAACCUGAGAGACAAAACGCAGAGGAAAAUCAGAAGAGCUGCAAACAGUUUAUUUUAUGGGUCUGCAGAGAACAAAAUAAUAACGUUGUCUAUCUUUUUUCUGUAACUAUCGACUGCUAUAACAAACAAUUACAGAAAUGGACCAAAAAAUUGCAGACUUCUCUGGGAUGUGGAAAAUGAAGACUUCUGAAAACUUUGAAGAACUACUGAAAGCGUUGGGUGAGUAUUUUCACGUAGCCACGGGAAGUAGGGGUGCUGAUGGUGCUGCAGCACCCCCUGAAAAAUCAGAAUUAGGUCUAAAAAUAUAUAUUAAUAAAAACAAAAUGUGUUUUUCACAAAAGUAGUGCACUGCGCCUUUUACUAGUAUUAGCAGACCGAUAAAUAAAAAAAUGAUCUGCAUCUCGCUUUGGCAAAAAAGGUAGUUGUAUAAUUAAGAACAGUAUCUUGCAGGAUUCAACAGUUGGAAUUGUAAGAGUUGUUGCCCUGUCCCUUUCUCUGCGAUUAUCAUUGUAAUGGAAUCUAGAGAGAACAAAACCCUGUCCUCAAACAUUUACAUCAAAAGGUGCAAAGUUAUGGGCAAAGACACAAAACAUCCACAUCCAAUAAAAUAUUUUUCUUGACCAAAUAACAUGGAAAACAACCACUUUUUGUGCAGUAUUAAAUUUACCAUCUUUAGAAACCACUUAAUGUAAAUGUACAUUACUGUAUUGUAUAUAGGCUGGUCAUCUAGGUUUGUACCUGUAUACUUUCCAUCGCCAUGAAGAAAAACACUGCACAAUACAGUAACUGAGUACAUAGAGACAUUAGUGGUUUGUGAUGAUGUGAUGAUGUGGCUCAGUUGGUAGAGCAUGGCGUUUGCAAUGCUAGGAUUGUGGGUCCCAUGGGGUCCAGUACGAAAAAGUAUAAAAAAUGUAUGCACUCACUACUCUAAGUUGCUCUGGAUAAGAGCGUCUACUGAAAAGGAAUGAAUCGACCAUUUCAGUUUUCACAUAGAAAUAAGUUGCAUUUGCAAAGUAUUUCAAGAAAAUUGAAAACAUAUAUCAAGCAAGUAUUUUUAUAUUCCACAAGUACUAUCAGAUUAACUGUUUUGUACAGAUAAUUAUCAGACUCAAGUUACAAAUGCUGGUAAACACUCAAAUACAUUUAGUUUAAAAAAAGUAUUUUCAUACUAUUUGAACAUGGACAGAGCCUUUUGGUUAUUACAACUAACAUUCAAAUGUCUUAAUGCAACCUAUCUAGAAAUAUUUUUGUAGUAGACAUGUCUGUAAAUAUAGACUCUUUGAUGUAGACUCAGAUCAUCAUAAAUUCUGCAAAUCACUGUUGCACUUAUUUAUGCAUUUGCAAUUACCUUUUUUCAAUCUAUGGAGUCUUUGUCAGGGAUAUGUCAAGAAUGUGUCAGAAAUGUGGCAAAAAGGAGCAAACACACGAAAAGACCAAAGCAUCCUGAGCAGCAUCCCACUCUGGGCUAUGGGGUGAAAUGUUAAACCAGCUUGGUCUGUGGCCACAUAUACCACUCAAGUGUUUAUACUCCUCUAUGCACAUGUUUGGUUUUAUGGGGAAUUAAUUAAUUAUUAUUUCCAAUAAUGUUCUUGCUUGAUUUAUUGUUUUAAAAGUCCUUUGUUAUCCUUUUUGAAGCACCCAUCCAGCUACACACCCAGUCACCUUCACACACACACACACACACACACACACACACACACACACACACACACACACACACACACACACACACACACACACACACACACACACACACACACACACACACACACACACACACACACACAGAAAGGCCAAAGGAUGGCCAGUCAGUGGCAUCCAUUAAAAUAUAAAGACAAAUAGCCCGUGGAGGAAUGUUAUAUUUUCCCUCAUUUCAAACCAAGUCCUCGUGAGAUUGUAAUUAAAGCCAGUGUAAAUGGAACUAAACCUUAAAAUGGGCCCCCUCAGUCAGCCGGUACUGAGACUGACAUUCCCCCAGUACCCUGGGACUCCUCAACUAACUCGCUCCAGGGGUUUCUCUGUGGGCAACAGCAAUAUUUCCCUCCAAAUAGCAAUUUCGCUCCAAUGAGAAGGUUUGUCUGAUUUUUAUUUAGGGAUAAGAAUGUUACUUUGAAUAGGCGAGAGGAAUGAAAGUCAGUCUGAUGUAACAUCCUGUUAUCUGCAUGUCAGGUCUACGCUAAUCAUCCCUUGAAGUUGAAUGAAUGAGAGCUCUGUCUGAGAUCAAACCCUCCCUCUCCUCUGAUGUCUUUCCCACUACCCAUAAAUCAAUGGCUAUGAAUGAUGGCUGUGAUAUGGCUUUUCAACACAAUGGAUGCAACCCAAAUGGAACCGUAUUCCCUAUAUAAUGCAUUACUUUUCAAAAGCCCCAUAGGGCCCUGGUCAAAAGUAGUGCACUAUGUAGUGAAUAGGGUGCCAUUUAGGACACAUCCAAUGUCUCCAUUCUCAAUCUACUCCUGUGACACCUUAUUGAUCCCCUAUGACCAGGUGUGAACGUGUUUGUCAGGAAGAUAGCCGUGGCUGCAGCCUCCAGACCUGCAAUAGAGAUCACCCAGCAGGGAGAGAGCCUCUCCAUCCAGACCUCCACCAGCAUACGCACCACCCAUGUCUCCUUCACCGUGGGCCAGUCCUUCAUUGAGGACACAGUGGACGGACGCCCCUGCACAGUAACACUCCAUUGAAACACUCUUCAUCUCUACAUAUGUUGCAUGAAAUAUUUUUGUUAUUACUGUACGUGCAUAUUUUGCCAGGACUCAGUGUAUGAAAUCAGGGGUCUGUAUAAGCAUGUGGAAAAAAAUCAGUGUGUAACUUGAUAGUUGUUCUUGGUGAUGGUUUAGUAUUCUCAUUUUCUUUAUGGUUUGUGGAGGGCAGCAACAUAACGCCUAACAGACUUGAAGAAGCAGUAACAUGCCGCAACAGUACUGAGUUCCAAUGCUGGAAAACUCUCAGUUUGUUAUUUUUGAUUAAAACAAAAAAACUAUUCAUAAAUACGAAUACAGAACUUGUUUUUGCGUGGAUUCCACGAUGCGGUUAGCUUUUAACAGCUAGGACCGCUAUUUCUUCUCCUGGAAUCCCGCUUAAGAGACAGGUUGAAGCCUGCUUGACAGAGACGCUAAGCUGCUAGCCAUCAAGCUAACGAAGUUGCUUAAAAAAUGUAAAGUGGUUAUCCCACUGGCUAUAGGGUGAAUGCACCAAUUUGUAAGUCACUCUGGAUAAGAGCGUCUGCUAAAUGACGUAAAUGUAAAUGUAAAUGUAUGUAUGCGGAUGACUCAACACUAUACACGUCAGCUACUACAGCAACUGAAAUAACUGCAACACUUAACAAAGAGUUGCAGUUAGUUUCGGAAUGGGUGGCAAGGAAUAAGUUAGACCUGAAUACUUCCAAAACUAAAAGCAUUGUAUUUGGGUCAAAUCAUUCACUAAACCCUAAACCUCAACUACAUCUCGUAAUGAAUAAUGUGGAAAUUGAGCAAGUUGAGGUGACUAAACUGCUUGGAGUAACCCUGGAUUGUAGACUGUCAUGGUCAAAGCAUAGCUAAGAUGGGGAGAAGUAUGUCCAUAAUUAAGCGCUGCUCUGCCUUCUUAACAACACUAUCAACAAGGCAGGUCCUACAGGCCCUAGUUUUGUCGCACCUAGACUACUGUUCAGUAGUGUGGUCAGGUGCCACAAAGAGGGACUUGGGAAAAUUGCAGUUGGCUCAGAACAGGGCAGCAUGGCUGGCCCUUUAAAGUACAUGGAGAGCUAACAUUAAUGACAUGCAUGUCAGUCUCUCCUGGCUCAGAGUGGAAGAGAGAUUGACUUCAUCACUGCUUGUUUUUGUAAGAGGUGUCGACAAGCUGAAUGUACCGAGCUGUCUGUUUGGAAUACUGGCACACAGCUCGGACAGCCAUGCAUACCCCACAAGACAUGCCACCAGAGGUCUCUUCACAGUCCCCAAGUCCAGAACAGACUAUGGGAGGCGCACAGUACUACAUAGAGCCAUGACUACAUGGAACUCUAUUCCACAUCAGGUAACUGAUGCAGUAGAAUCAGAUUUUAAAAACUGGUAAAAAUACACCUUAUGGAACAAUGGGGACUGUGAAGAGACACACACAAGGGUAUAGACACAUGCAUACAUUUGACAUUUUAGUCAUUUAGCAGACGCUCUUAUCCAGAGCGACUUACAGUUAGUGAGUGCAUACAUUUUCAUACUGGCCCCCCUUGGGAAACGAACCCACAACCCUGGCGUUGCAAGCGCCAUGCUCUACCAACUGAGCUACACGGGGCCUACGCACACAUAUGCACACAUUGUGAUAUUGUUGUAUGGUGGUAUUAAACAUUUUGUAUUGUAGAUAGGUAGUGGCGUAAUAAUGUCAUAUGAUGUACUGUUUUAUAUUUUGUUUGAUAUGUAAUGUAAGUGCUUUAAUAUGUUUGGACCCCAGGAAGAGUAGCUGCUGCCUUGGCAACAGCUAAUGGGGAUCCCUAAUAAAUAUAAAUACAAAUGAGAAGCCUCAGGUCACACACAGAUCUACUGUGUCUUUCUAUCUAACCACUUCACUGUAACAUGCAGGGUCACUUAUUCAAUCCUUGCAUGGCCUACUUCCUAUGUCCUCCAGAGUACCCCUCGCUGGGAGACAAAUAGCAAGAUCAGCUGUGAGCAGACUUUGCAGAAAGGGGAGGGCCCUAAGACUGCCUGGACCCGUGAAGUGACCAAUGAUGGUGAACUGAUUUUGGUAAAGCAUACAUUUUUAUUGCCUACAAACGGUGAUCCUAUUCCUGUAUUGACAUGUUCAGCUUUAACUGUGUUUGGGGGAAAAAUAUGUGUUGAUUUAUCUGAGUUGUGAAUUCAUUUUGUUGUCAUUUCUUUUCAGACAAUGAGCGCUGGAGAUGUCGUGUGCACCAGAGUGUAUCAACGAGAAUGAAAUACUUUCAAGACUGUCAAACAUGUAAUUUUGUGUAACGUUUUUCAAAUAUUUUAUUUCUACCUGUUCCGUUUGCUUAUUUAAUCUUCCAGUCAUUCAGAUUGUGGUUAACAAGACGUCAGUUGUGUGUGUUUUGUCAGACAGAGUUUGACUGUUGUGAAAGCCUUGUGCCAGUUUAUUUUCCUGUAUAAUGUUCUCGUAUUAGCUUGUAAUGGUUUUGUAAUGUUAUCAUUGUUCCUCCACAACUAAAGCUGUAUUUAUUCUCAGUAUACCGCAUGAAAACCCUAUCUGUAUUUUUCUUCAAAAUGUCUUAUCAAAGCAACUGUAAACCAUCCUCAUCAAACAAACUGUGUUGUUAAAACAAUUAUAAAUUGAUCAUGUAUUUACAAAACCUGAUUUUAUUAGCUUUGUGAAACUGAUUUAAACCAAGACCUUGUCCAUCAUCGCUGUUCUGACUUUCUCGCUCCAUACUACCUCCUUCCUACUUCUCCUCUUCCCCUGCCUAAGAUCUUUGUAUGCAUCCCUCCCUUGUUUUUCCUCCCUCCCUGCAACUUGCCCUCUCCUUCUCUCCUCCACACCCUUUCCUCUCCAUCCUCCUCCUUGUCCUCUAUGUGCUCUCUUUCCUCAUCCCUCACCAUUUGUCCAUUUAGAAUUUUAAAACUCCCAAAGAGAAUCCAUAUUUUAUGUACACCACUGUGUCUGAAAGACAUUUGGCAAGAACAAGGGGAAAAACUGGGAGUGGUAGGGAAAGAGUGAGGGACCAUAAGAAAAUAAUUUCAUAUUGAGAACAGUACUAUUCCCUCCGCUUUCCUUCCCAGCUGUACCUAAUUACAGUAUGAGCUCACUAAAAGGUUCCCCACCCCCUCUUCCCUGGACUCGGCCCGCACCCAGUUACAAAGGCUAAAAUGACUGCCUCUGAUUUGUGUGCGGACACUUGUAGCUGCUCUCCCACUCACCUCUGAACUGGACAGCCAAAAUAAAAAAGUCACACCUACAUUAACACUCAUACUUGGGAGGACGGAUCAGUUGUUAGAAAAUAAUGGAUUGAAGAAUGGAUUGAACAUACCCCAGAAUCCAGCUUGCUGUGAAAUACAGUGCAGGGUCUCUCAUGCACUUCCUGAGGAGAGAGAGCACUUACUCGAUCCAUAGGAAGUUUUGUUUUUUCCAGAUUAGCAGACGGUGUGCCAAGGGUCCCAAAUGGCAUCCUAUUGCCUUUAUAGGGCUCUGGUCAAAAG